CCACUCCCAUGAUGCCAAGGCUGUAGAGUAUCAGAUAUCCUGACCUGUUGUACAUUUCUGGGACAGCUCGAGAUAGCGCCCUCCAUAUUUUGCGCAGAAAGCAUUCCUAUUUCAGAUCGUUGUACUCUUCAUCUUCUCUACUUGAAGGAUCCUAUUAGGUGGCAUGUCCAGUGUCUUGCUUGCUGGCAUAGUUCAUCAUCCUAUCCGCCAUUGUAGUGGAAGCUAAGCAAGCCACAAUAAAACCCCAUCAUCCAGCAGCUCUUGUUCUUGCCUCCAACUCCCUCGUGGCCUGCAGGGAAGCCAACCUUGCAAGCUCUGGCAGCGGCAUGGCGUCGGACCGAGGAGAGGUCGACACAUCCCGCGCCUUCCGGUCUGUCAAGGAGGCGGUCGCCGUGUUCGGGGAGCGCAUCCUUGUCAGGGAAGCUCAGUUCAGACCAAAUGGUGGCGCGCAUGGCGGCCGUCGUGUUGGCAAGGAGGUGAACUCCAGGGUGAAUGCUGUCGCCAUCGCCGCCUCUGAUGUGAAGCCGCCUGACCGGAGCGAUGGCGUGAUGGAAAGCCACUCCAAGCCAAGUGUUGUCACCUACAAUGCCAAGAAAGAGUUGACUAGUGGCAACACCAAGCCUGCUGUGCCAAGGCCGCCGGUUGCAGAAGACGUGCCAAUGUACCUGGUCCCCACCUCGCCGCCGUUCUUUGCGUCGUCGCCUUCGCUGGCCAACGACGACGACGAGGAGCAAGAGCGCAAGGCGGCGGACCUCAUGGUCAUGAGCUCCAUCAAGAAUCUGGAGGACGAGGCGGCCAGGACGAGGCAAGAGGUGUCGCAGCUCAAGAGGCGGCUGGCCGAGAUGGAGCUGUCCAUGGCCACCCUGAACGCGAAGCUCCACCGCGCGCUCUCCAAGGUGGCGCACAUGGAGGCGGACAACGCGGCGGCGGCGCGCGCCAGCAUCGAGAGAGCCGGUCGCGGCGGCGGCGACAUGGCGCUGACGGUCUGGGCCGAGCACCGUGCCCCCAGCAGGCCGCAGCUGGGCCACCUGCUGAGGCUCGGCGAGGCUGACAGGGAGGCGAUGGUGGUGUCUGGCGGUGGCCGGGAAGUGGCGGCGCCGGCGAGGAGGAAGGUGCAGAAGCAGAAGCCGAUCGUGCCGCUGGUUGUUCCGCUAAUUAAUGGCGUCAUCUUCUCCAAGAAGAGGAGGAUGAAGGACAAGGAGAGCGUGUACAUGAAGGAGCUUUACAGCUUGCUUAGGUUGAGUUGAUGAUCACGGCUGUCAUGCUAAAUCUGUGGAAGUGUACUUGUGCACAAUCAUCUGCACUGAAGUUAUCUAUCUACCCACUAAUUUUUAUUUGUUUUUAUAGUUUGUGUGAGUGGAUCGUGGAGUGUGAGGAUGUAAUUUGUAAAAAUUAAUAUGUAAAUUUAGCAUUAGUGGUUAUUUGUAUAUUGAAAUCAAGAACUUAUAUCGGGCAAUAGUUGCAGUGGAGCCAUGGAGGUACUUAUUUGCAAAUCAAUAAAUCUUAGAGCAUCUCCAA